AUGAAAUUAGUUAAUAAACACAUAGAGAAAGAUGGCUCUGGAUAUGUAACAUUACGUCCUGAAGAUGAUGAAGACAUGUGGCAUGUAUAUAACUUGAUUUCCGAGGGAGAUCACGUUAGAUCACUCGCGGUCAGACGAGUUCAAACAGUUUCUUCAACAGGUUCAUCAGAUUCUUAUAGAGUUCGAACAAACUUGACAUUAGAAGUUACAAAAACCACUUUUUCAUCAGCUGCUUCCUCUAGUCAAUCAACGUCUUCAGGUGAAAAAAAAGAUCCAACGGCAGCAUUACAAAUCUCAGGUAAAGUCGUAGAAGAAAAUGAUUAUGUUAAAAUGGGUGCUUAUCAUACUCUUGAUUUGGAAGCAAAUCGAGAUUUCAGAUUAACGAAAACAUCAGGGUGGGAUAGUAUAGCUUUAGAAAGGAUACAAGAGAGUACUCAGGAAGGUCGAGGUGCAGAAGUCGGUGCGAUAGUUUGUGGUGAAGGUACCGCCGCCAUAUGUCUCUUAUCUGAACAUAUGACUACUGUCAGACAAAGGAUUGAUACUUCCGUUCCACGUAAAAGGAAGGGAGGUACAUCAGGACAUGAUAAAGCAAUGGAAAACUUCUUCUCAACGGUUUAUCAAGCUGUUUUACGAUUGAUACCGUAUCAAGAUCUGAAAGCUAUAGUUAUUGCUUCCCCUGGAUUCACAAGAGAUUCUUUAUACGACUAUAUAUUUCAACAAGCUACAUUAACUUCCAAUAAACCAUUAUUAUCUUCGAGAUCAAAAUGGGUUAAAGUUCAUUCAAACACUUCACAUGUACAUGGAUUAGUAGAAGCUUUGAGAGCACCAGAAGUGGCUAAAAUGUUACAAGGAGCUAAAUUCGCUAGGGAAGGUGCAGGUCUAGAUAAGUUCCACAAGAUGUUGGCUACAGACGAACUUCGAGCGUGGUAUGGACCUGAACAUGUCGCCUUAGCAGUGGACAGAGGUGCCGUCGGUACUCUAUUGAUAUCAGACGAUUUGUUCCGAUCAUCCAACCCAUCAACACGGAAUCACUACGUUCAGAUGGUAGAAGCAGUCCGAUCUCGAGGUGGAGAAUCUUUGAUAUUCUCUUCAAUGCACGAAUCAGGACAACAAUUGAAUAUGUUGACUGGUAUAGCAGCGAUAUUGACUUAUCCAUUGGAUAUCGAAGUUGUUGAAAUGGAAGAAAGGGAAGAGAAAGAAAGGUUGGAAAAAGAAAAGAAGAAGAACGGAUCUGGAUUAGUGGUUGAUGAUGAGGAAGAAGACGAGGAUCAAUAA